AAAACAAUUGAAAAGACUCUCCUUUCUCUCAUAGCAUUCAUUCACAUCUCACACACCAGCUCUUCAAAAAGCCCAAAUAACGUUACUAUCAUCUUCACCACCUUCGCAUCUCAUACUCGGAAUCACCAUGGACACCAAUGGAAGAAGCAGAAGCAGAAGCAGCCCUUGUGCCUCACCAGAAUUCGAGUUCUGGAUGGUUCGAAACCCCUCUUUCCCACAACCUAACAUUCUCUCCGCAGAUCAACUCUUCGUCAACGGGGUCCUCCUUCCUCUCCACCUCCUAAACAAGCCCCACCCGCCACACCACCCGCCCGACCCGGAACCGCAACCGCAAUCGGAACCUUCCCCGGCUAUAACCGACUCCACUUCCGCCGCCACCCCCUCCAAGCGCUGGAAAGAUAUUUUCAAAAAGAAAAACGCAGAAAGCAGCAACGACGCCAAGAAGAAAGAGAAAAAAAACGGCCUCGCCUCUUCGGCGGAGCUCAACAUCAACAUAUGGCCAUUCUCCCGGAGCAGGUCCGCGGGCAACGCGGGCACCCGACCCAAAUUAUUCGCCCCGGCAGCCCGUAAAGCGAACAGCGCGCCGUGCUCUCGGAGCAAUUCGUCGGGAGAAUCCAAGUCAAAGAAGUGGCCCACCAGUCCUGGCCGAGCCGGAGUCCAUCUAGGAAGGAGCAGCCCAGUCUGGCAGGUCCGCCGUGGGAAGAACCCAGAACCCCCACCUCUCCAUCACGACAACAAACCGAAAAGUCGCCGGAGCAAACUCGGCGGCGGGUCGAGCAACCCGAAAACAAAGGUUUUGAAUUUGAAUGUCCCAAUGUGCAUGGGUUACAGACAUCACUCAACGUGCAGAAGUGAAGAGAACAGUGGCAUUGGUGUCAGAGGCGCUUCGGAUAACAUCCCUGACAGUGACAGUAACAGUGGUAACAGUAACCAUGCUCAUGCCAAUGUUGGGGUUAAGCUUUUUAACCUGCGCAGCCUCUUCAGCAAGAAAAGCGUGGUAGCCUCUCACUAGUUCUCCUCAUUGAUUUUUCUGGCUUCCACAGUAUAUACAUCAUCAUAUAAUAUCUGAAUUGUUUAUUAUUUAGUUUCCUACUGCUGUUGUUCUAAGUUUAGCUUAUUUGUAUGUGAAAAGAAAGCUAGGAGUCUAUGUUUUGGUACAGCCUUUGCGCGUAACUGAAAAGGUACCUGUUUGUGGCUACAACUUAGGAUUUAAAACUAGAUUGGUUAGUGUCUGUAGCAGCCUGAUGAAAUGCCAUGGUUUUGUUCUGUUCCUGCUUUAAUUGUAUUCUGACUUUUGCCUGCCAUGGUUUUGUAUUUUGUAUUA